AUGGUCAUGCUGAAUGCUGAUGCGACGAUCGAUACGUUCCUUGAGUCGCUACGAACACUCAAAACCUCGAUAGAUUCCGGUGUUAUCGCUCAUAUUGCUUUCGUCUCUUCUCGGAUCUCUUCCAGGGUCGAUGCUUUGUUUUUGAAGAGCCAGCUUGGUCCAGACGAGAGGGACGCGUACCACAGAUCUCAAUGCCUUCCAGGAACACGUGUGAAAAUUCAGAAGGAUAUUGUAGAGUGGGCGUCAUCGUGCUCAGAUCAGAAUGUCUUCUGGUUACACGGCGUUGCUGGCUCUGGAAAGAGUGCAGUUAGUACAACUAUUGCGGAACACUUCCGUACCAUUUCCCGUCUCGGUGCCCAUCUCUUCUUUGAACGCGGGAAGAGUGAUCCCAGCACUGUCAUCUGGACGCUUGCUUAUAAGCUCGCCGCGUUUGAUUCUUCGGUAGCGAAACACGUCAGUAUAGUCGUCGAACAGGACGAAGAGAUUGCUCGGGCCACUGCUGCAAUUCAGUUUGAGAGUCUUAUUCAGGGCCCUCUCACUUUGGCUUCGGAUUCAGUGCAAGGGCCCGUUGUCAUUGUCCUUGAUGCAUUGGAUGAAUGUGGUGCGGAGGGAACAAGACGAUCACUGUUGGAUAGUCUUCGAAAAGGUCUCCCUUCUCUACCCAAGCGAUUCCGAUUCCUCAUUACGAGUAGGAAGGAAGUGGAUAUUAGUCACGCCUUAUCUUCCUUGCCUAACCACAUUGUUUCCGUUGAACUGGAACACGACUCGUCAAGAUGUAGGGACGACGUACUUCGUUAUAUUGAUCACGAGAUGCGCAACGUAUUCGCAAAAAACGAGCUGCUCAUUCCGGGCGAUUGGCAGUUGAAGAUGGAUCUUCUCGGAGGUGCGGCAGGUGGACUUUUCAUCUGGGCGUCGACGGUAGUGAAACUGGUGGAUUGCGAUGACCCAGUAAGGAAACUUGAGAAACUAAUCUCUCACUCGCAAGGCUUGUCUGGGCUCGACCAACUGUACGAUUCUAUUCUCAGAGGGUCACGCAUCUCAUUCGAUGACGAAGCGUCCAAGUCCCGAUUUUCACAGAUUCUUGGUUUCAUCCUUCUUGGCAAACUCCCGCUGACAGAUAAUAUGAUCGACAAGCUUCUUGAAUUUUCGGAUGACAGACCGUCACGACUUAUCCUUUCUCGUUUACAGCCCGUUCUCGUGUAUACCCCCGGAUCUCCUAUUCGUUUUUGCCAUACAUCCUUCCGAGACUACUUAUUGGCUCCGGAGCGCCAAAAAGAUCCCUGGUUCAUCGAUCUCGAGUCUCAAAAGGAGCUCGUAGCUUUACAAUGUUUCUAUGCCAUGAGUCACCAUCUCAGGUUUAACAUCUGCAACAUAGAGUCUUCGUACUGCUCCGAUCAUCAGAUCCCGGACCUCCCGGAUCGCAUCAGUGCUAAUGUUCCUCCGCAGCUGCCGUAUGCAUGUAUGUUUUGGCCACAACACCUAUACGAGGCGCAAUUCUCACACGAGUUACUGGACGAGCUGACAAGGUUCCUACAUAAUCGUUUGCUGUAUUGGCUCGAGGUGAUGAACCUCUUGGGAAGGAUCAAUGUUGCUAGCCCUGUGCUCCUUCAUGCCAUGAAUUGGGUCUCGUUGUACAAUGCUGACAUCCUGGCGUUCCUCAGGGAUGCACGCAGAAUGAUUACUAUAUACUUACCUGCAAUAUCGCAAUCGACGGCGCAUAUAUACGUCUCUUUCCUUCUAUUUGCAUCGAUGGAGUCGAAGUUCGUGUCACGUUACCUAAAGCCUGAUUUGCCUAUUGUAAAAGUAGAGCAUUUAGGCGAGAGCCAGCACUCACCGCUCUUGAAGGUGCUCACAGGACAUGCCAGGUGUAUCGCUUGUGUUGCUUUCUCGCCAAAUGGCGCCCGUGUUGCCUCUGGUUCCUGGGAUAACACAGUUCGCAUUUGGGAUGCUGAAAGUGGAGAUGUAAUUUCCGGCCCAUUGGAAGGGCAUGAAGACCAUGUACGGUCUGUCGCAUUCUCUCCCGACGGUGCACGCGUAAUCUCCGGAUCAGAUGAUAAGACGAUUAGAGCUUGGGAUAUUAAGGUCGGGCAAGUCAUUUCUGAGCCUUUCAAGGGACACACUGGUCCUGUCCACUCGGUCGCUUUCUCGCCGGAUGGGUUGUGUAUCGCCUCUGGAUCAGCCGACAGGACCGUCAUGGUCUGGAACGUUAAAAGUGGAAAAGCCGUUUCUGUGCAUUUCGAAGGGCACGUAGGUGAUGUGAAUUCUGUAGCAUUCUCACCUGACGGAAGACGCAUCGUCUCCGGCUCUGAUGACAAAACAGUUCGAAUCUGGGACAUUGGGAGCGGACAAACCAUUUGCAGACCUCUCGAAGGACAUACAGGUCGUAUCUGGUCAGUCGCUUUCUCUCAUGACGGUAGACGUGUUGUCUCAGGCUCUGCGGACAACACGAUCCGAAUCUGGAAUGCUGAACUCGGGCAAUCCGUUUCCGAGCCUUUCAAGGGGCAUGAAGAUGAAGUAAAUUCCGUUGCUUUCUCGCACGACGGGAAACGUGUCGUCUCCGGUUCUAGCGAUACGACUAUUCGAAUCUGGGAUACUGAAAACGGGCAGGUCAUCUCCACUCCUUUCGAAGGCCAUGCUCUUGAUGUUCUGUCCGUUGUAUUCUCUUCUGAUGGGACCCGUGUCGUCUCAGGCUCUAUAGACUACACAAUCCGAAUAUGGGAUGCUGAAAGUGUACAGACCGUUUCUGGACAAUUUGAAGGGCAUGCAUAUCAAGUAACGUCUGUUGCUUACUCGCCUGAUGGGAGACGCAUUGCCUCUGGCUCUUUCGAUGGUACAAUUCGAAUCUGGGAUUGUGACAAUGGAAAUAAUGUUUCCGGACCCUUCAAAGGGCACCUAUGGCCAGUGUGGUCCGUUGCCUUUUCACCGGACGGAGGGCGUGUCGUCUCUGGCUCCGCCGAUCGUACGAUCCGACUCUGGGACGUUGAAAGUGGGAGGAUAUUAUCCGGCCCUUUCCAGGGACACGAAGAUUCAGUUCAGUCUGUCUCCUUCUCGCCUGAGGGGACACGCGUUGUGUCUGGCUCAUGUGAUAAAACACUCCGAAUCUGGGAUGCCGAAAGCGGACAGAUAGUUUCUGGUCCUUUCAAAGGCCACGAGGGGGAUGUUCAGUCCGUCGCUUUCGCGCCUGACGGGAGAUAUGUAGUAUCCGGCUCUACAGACAAUUCGAUCAUACUCUGGGACGUCGAAAGCGGUAAUAUUUGUUCUGGGCUCUUGAGAGGACACACAGAUUGCGUUCAGGCAGUGGCUUUCUCACGCGACGGCACACAUGUCUCCUCUGGUUCUUCUGAUAAAACCGUCUUAGUAUGGAAUGUUGAGAGUGGACAGGUCGUGGCUGGGCCUUUCAAAGGCCAUACAGGCGAAGUUAAGUCAGUUGCCUUCUCUCCCGAUGGCACACGCGUCGUUUCGGGUUCCACUGACAUGACAAUCCGAGUCUGGGACGUUAAGAGUGGACGGGACAUCUUUCCACCUCUUGAAAGCCAUAUUGACUGGGUGCGAUCAGUCGACUAUUCGCCUGAUGGAAGACGGGUUGUUUCUGGCUCUCUGGAUCGUACAAUCAGAAUAUGGAACGUGGAGGAUGCUGUCUUCGAUUGGACUAUGAAUGAAGAUGGGUGGAUAUGUAGACACGGAAUGCUACUCUUAUGGAUUCCGCCUAACAUCCGGAGGACUCUUUGGCGCCCUCAAACUACUGCAAUGUUAAAUUGCGCAUUCUCGACAAAGCUGGACUUUACAAACGCUGCUCUCGGGGAACGAUGGCAGGAAUGCUUUGCCCGACUUGAGGAGGACGAAGUUAAGGCUGGAGAAACCUCUCCAACAUCCUCUCCUUCAGAAACGCCCGCAACAUCUUCUUAUUUCCUGCAUCUUGCCGUGCCGAUGUUGGAUAGCUUAUUGCCUUGA